AUUCAAUCUCGAAGACUCCGUCGAGUCGGAGUUAUAAAAGCAUCUCGCUGUUGUUACACACAACAGUAUUCAAUCAACGCCCGAGGUGUAAUCGAACGAACAUCAAGUGAGACAAAAUUGUUGCUAAAUUAAGUGCUAAAUAAAGAAAUGCUGUUUGAAUCACAGCAAUAAAAUACAAUAUUUUGGUUUUGUUUUCUCGCUGUAAUUGGAUUUAUUUGUUGAAUAAAAAUGUGGUCCAUUUUAGUUCUUGCUUUAUUAUGCCUUCAUAUCGGAUCCGGUGGCACAAGUCGCAUCGACGAUAUUCGAUCGCAACAAAGGGGUUAUGGUUCACAACCUCUACAGAAUGGUGAUCGCGGAUACAAUAACCAACCUCAGCAAGCAUACAAUUCACCGCAAGCACCACAAAAUAAUCGAAAUCCAUCAGAAUCUUCAUAUAAUCGUAGCCCGUCGGAACCUCAGAAUAAUCAAAAUCAACCAGCUGAACCAUCGAAAAGUUGUACUAAGCCAAAGCCAUUUGUGAAGAAUGCGUUUAAAAAAUGUUCAACAACUACAAACAGCUGUACCGUACAGUGUUUCAACAAUCAUCAAUUCGCAAAUGGGAAAACCAGCGUAAAACUGCUGUGUAAUAAUGGUGAAUGGGCUUUGGAGAACUUUCAAAAAACAGACAAACUCGCUUGUGAACUGAAAAAGAAGAAUAGUUGCCCGAAUAAACCAGCUACGCAGCAGGCAGAAGCCAAUUGUAAAGCGGAAAGUUGUACGAUCACUUGUGAGAAAGGUUACGCAUUGUCAGAUGGCUCGACAUCUAUGGAAAUGAUGUGCAAAGAUGGAGAAUGGGUGCCAACCAAUCCAGAACAAUCUUUUCCACUGACAUGUGAACCAUUGUGUGAAAAUGGUCGCGAGUACAAGGAAUGCAGCAAAGUGAGUGAACAAAGCUGUGGCAGUGCUGCCGAGGAAGAAACGUCAUCAAGUGAGUGUUUCGAAGGUUGUUUCUGUCCGGAUGGUACCGUUGAAAAUGAAGGAGAAUGCAUCCCAAAGGAAAGUUGCCCGUGUACUUUGAAUGGUCAGACGUAUGAGCCCGGAAGUGAAGCAACAAAGGGAUCCAGCAACUGCAAGUGUGAGAAGGGUCAAUGGAAAUGCGAUGAACGUGAAGUUCAAGAACAUGAUCACUCAUCUCCAGAACAACCUCCUCAACAACGUCCACAACAGCCUCCUCAACACCGUCCACAACAGCCUCCCCAACAACGUCCACAAGAAUUGCCUGAACAAUCUCCGGAACAAGCACCGCAGCCACCACAAAACGAUGCCCGUUGCGAAGUUUUCGGUGAUCCGCAUUACAUAACCUUCGAUGGAAAGCGUUAUGAUUUCAUGGGAAGAUGCUCUUAUUAUCUUAUGCGUAUGCCACAUAUGGAUAUUAUUGCAGAAAAUGGAGAUUGUCCGUGGGGUCACAAUGAUCAAGUAUCAUGCACCAAAGCGAUAAUGAUGCAUGUACCGCAAUCAUCAACGUUGGUACGAAUGGAUCAAAGAGGAAGAGUUACAGUGAAUGGAAUCGAUGCAACACGAAAUCUGCCGAUAAAUCUUUUAGGUGGCUUCAUGCACAUCCGACCCGUGAGUCAAAUGGCGCGUCAAGUUUCAUGCGCAGAUGGCCUGGAUAUGAUGUGGGAUGGCUACACUUAUGCCUAUAUCGAUGCUCCUGCUACACAUAGCAACAAAACAAAUGGUCUUUGUGGAAACUUCGACAAUAACCCUGAAAAUGAUUUUACCACACCUGAAGGUGAUGCCGAAGUAUUAUCUGAAUCAUUUGGUGAAAAGUGGCGUGUAAAAGAACUCUGUGAUGCCGAUCAAGAGCAAAUAAAUAAUCAACAUCCAUGCCAAGCAAACCCGCAAAAUCAACAGCAAGCCGUUCAAGUUUGUUCAAAGCUCAGAAGUAACAUUUUUGCAGCUUGUCAUCAAUACGUCGAUCCAGAGCCAUAUGUGGAGAAUUGCAUGUAUGAUAUGUGCGCAUGCAAAGGAAACCCAGCACAAUGCAAAUGCACCAUUUUCUCGGCUUAUGCAAACGAAUGCAGUCGUAAUGGCAAAAAUAUCAAUUGGAGACAAUCAAUUAAAGAAUGCGCUGUAAAGUGUACAGCCGAUCAAAUAUUUCAAGAAUGCUCAGAUCGUUGUCAUUUAACCUGCACUGAUUUGCAAGCAAAAUCGAACAAAUACACCAAAAAGUGUGUCGCAGGCUGUCAGUGUCCAAUCGGAAAAGCUCUCGAUGCAAAUAAUAAAUGCAUUCCAAUCGAAAUGUGCCCUAAGGAACCUGAAUCAACUACCAUACCAAGCCAAACAACCGAAGCUACCAAACCUAGCCAAACAACUGAAACUACGGUGCCUACCAAACGAACCCAGCCCACCGAUUCUACUUCACCUACUGAGCCAACCGAAUCUAUUGAACCAACUGAGGCAGAAAUGUCCAUUAAACCGUCCAAUUCACCCAAUCUUAUUAGACCAAUCACACCUAUUACACCAGAACAGUCAGCUAAGCCAAAUAAAGUGACUAAUCCGAUGAAGACAACGAGGCCAACAAAGCCAACUAGACCAACUAAUCCCACUAAACCAAGCGAAUCAACUGAAGCAACUGAACCAAAUAAGCCAACGGAAUCGACUGAGCCAAGUAAAUCAACUCAACCAGAUGAGUUAGAUGAGGUAACUGAUGUAACGGAUCCAGCAGAUAGUUCGGUAACAACCGAUAUGUCAGAGGUAAGUGAAACGACUGACACCAAUGAUGAAACUAAACAAAAUGAGUGCUCGGAUGAAAAGAAUGAAAGAAUGUCCAUAUGUAUACCGGAUGAGCCAAAAACAUGCGCCAAUAUGAAUAAUUACACUUCGAAACCGACUGGAAAGUGCAAAACAGGCUGUGUGUGUAAAGAUGGUUAUGUACUUGAUCAAAAGUUGAACCAGUGUGUAAUGCCAAACUUUUGCUCGUGUGAAAACAAGGGAAAAUGGUACAUUUUUGGUGCUCAAAUCAAAAAUGGAUGCAAAGCGUGCAUUUGUCACGGUGGAGAGUGGUAUUGCAGGAAUACAUGCCAAAACAAAAAAGACACUGAUAAAAAUGGUCCAGAAACAAGUGUAGAUAAUGAAGACGCAAGUGUGGAACAAGAUGGAAAUAUCGAUCAAGGUCAAAAUCAAAACUUGAACCAAAAAAAGCCAACGGAGGAUAAACCACGGAAGAAUAGGGAUAACAAAGAAAACACAUGCCAGCCAGUGCCGAUGAACGAGUCGGAAACUAUUGGUUUAAUAGAAAUUUAUUCCGAUUACGGGCGAUGUGUCAAUGCUAAGCCGAUUCAAGGUUUUGCUGAGUGCGGCGGUGUGUGUAAUUCGAAAACAACAUUCAAUCGUGCAACAGGCCGGCAAGAACAAAAAUGUGAAUGCUGUUCAGUGUCAGAAUUCGAUAAAAUGGAAGUGGCCGUCGAGUGUGAUGAUGGGUCCGAACAAAUUGCAUUGGUGUCAGUGCCAAAAUCAUGUUCGUGUGUUCAAGGCUGUGGCGGUGUUGGUGGAUUCAGUGGCGGAAAUGGAAAUUCAUACCAAAGUAGGGACAUUGAACCAACCGAAAAUUCGGAAGAAACGGACAACAGAAGGAAAGUCGAUGCUUUGGGUUGGUUGGUUAAUCUGAACAAUUUGGUGAAUAGCCGCAAUUUAAGGGUUAGAUACACUAAUUGAUGACGAGAAAAUAUAAAACCAGAAUAUCAUUAGGAAUGUAGGACAUAAAAUGUUUAGAUAGUUCCAUAUUGAGUAAAUAUUGUGAGUAAAAAAAAUGAAUAUUAGGAAUAAAAGUCUCUUUGUUUGAUUGAUGUUGAACA